UCUGCAUGUCUAUGAUGUGGCUGACUUGAUGCAGCUGUACCGGAGGUAGGAGGGUCAAUAGUCGUGUGAAGCAACAUUUUCCAGGAACCGACCAGCGCACUGACAAACCCGACAUCCGGUGGUGUCCUGUGAGAAUGUCUCUAAUAUUAAGGUAACAACUUCAGAGGGAGCAACGACCUCCAGACAGAAGGCUCAAAAUAAAGGGGUUUGCUGACCUCCAAGGGGGCGCAAAGACAUCUGCCAGAACACUACUACUGUAGGAUCGCUGUAAAAACACGGUCCCGAAUGUUUCCCUAACUCAAGACAAAAGAAAGCUCAGACCUGUCAUCACAACAAUCAACAACUUUUAAUCAGUUAUUUGGAAUUAUGGCCAAAUCAACAGAACAUGUGGAAACCUUCCUGGAGGAAUUCAGGGAGCAGAUCAUUGCUGGACUGAGAUCCCCUGGAGCCAUACUAGAGGCCUGGGUCUCACAGCAGCCAGCGACUAUCACUGAAGGUCUGACACUACAGGAACAAGUGAGGGUGCUGUUUGGCAUUGUGGAGGAAGGGACAUCACAAUCAAAAGUUGGCUUGUACCAGAUACUUUCCCACAAGGAACCUGAGCUUAUAGCUAAUCUAGAGCAAAGACAACAGAACAGCAAGAUGACCCAAACAGAACAGAACUGGACAAUGGAAAACACAAAGCAAUUAGAGUUAGAUGAGAUAGAAAAAAAUAAACAUGAACUACAGACAGAGAGAGAAAACAUAGACAGAGAUAAGCAGUUAGCUAAAGCAGAAAUGGAUGUAAUGAAGAGUAUGAGGGAGGAUACUGAAAAGCAAAAACAGGAGCUGGACAACAAGUUGCAGAGGACAAAGAAUGCGAUAAGAGAGUUGGAAGUUAUGAAAACUGAGAUUGAACUAAAAAAAAAAGACAUUGUAAAAACAAUAAGAAUGGGCAAAAGAAAAACAGAAGAGAUAAGCAGGAUGAAGAAAGAGACUGAACAUGAUGGACAAGAAAAGACUGAGGGGCAGAGAUCAGAGCAGGAGGUGAACACGGAGGACAGAUAUGAUAAGCAUGAGAUAAGAGAACAGCAUGUUGACAUAGCCAAAGACAAAAUACAACCUAAAGAAAGUCAGUUUGAGGUAGACAGCAUGGAGAAGAUCACCACAGACAAAAGGGAAACUAACAUGAAAAGAGUGACUGCUGGAGUAGAAGAAAUCUCAAAAGAGAGAGAUGAGUUAGAAAUUAAUAAGACAAAGAUACAACAACAAAAAGAGGAAGUUGAACAAAAACUAGAACAUACAAUGACUGCAAUUCUGACUAUAGGUAAGAUAAAAACUACCAUAGAAAAGGCUAAUGAAGAGAUUAAUAACACCCAAGAGGAACUGCUCAAAACCCAAAGGAAGAUGGAAGAGAGCAAGGAAGAAGUCCACAAAUACAUGGACAAGGUAGCUUCCAUGAAUGCCCAGAUCAGCAGAUGGAUCUUGACAGAAUCUGUAAUCAAAAAGACCUUUUUAGCAAAUGUAUCUAAACUUCAAGAACCACAGAGAGAAACACGCAGAAAAUUCCUCAAAGAAACACUGGAUUUUCCAACAGGCAACAAAGGAGCAGAAGAUGACAUUACAAAAACAGCUGUGUCUUUGCAACAAUCCAUUACAUUAGAAGACCAGCAUCAAAGUGAAGGAAUAGAAGAACGUGAACAUGGACAAUCAGAUCAAAAACAUUUUUUUGCUGUGGACUUAAAGGAAGAGCAGAAUACCUUCUUACAGAUGCAGACAGAAAUCCAUGAAGAAACAUUAAUAGAUGAUUAUAAGACAGAAUUAAAAAUAAAUCAAAGAGAAUAUGAAGCAGUGGAAAAACAAAUAUACAUGCUCAAGGAGAGAGAGGAGAAAAUAACGGAGCAAAUAAGAUAUGCUAUAAAGAACAUGGAGGAAAAAAGUCGUGAGAUUAAAAGGGUCAUUAUGGAAAUAAAUGACCUGCAGAUCCAGAGAUCAGAGUUGGAACCUGUCUUAGAAUUUACAGUCAAGGAAAGUGGAAAUUUGGAGGAACAAGAGACUGGGAUGCUGAAAGAAACAGAACACAGAGGCAUUUGGAAGGUAAACACAGAUGUUUUAAAAUAUGAAAUAAAUAAAUAUGAAGUCCAAAUUCAAAAAGAGGAGAGUAAAAUAAAACAAGUAAUUGAUGAGUCUGAUUUGAUAAAAGUGGAUGUUGACAAGCAAGAAAAAAGUCAGGUGUCAAAGAAAAAAGUACAGACCGAUAAUGAGGAGAUACACAGAGAUUCUGGUAAAAAAGACACAGGAAGUGCUGAUAUACAAAAACUUAGAGCAGAGAUUUGUAGAACACAGGAAAUCCUAACAUCAGUGAAACUAGAAUUUCAAAACCAAGCUGAAAACAGUAACACUGACAAAUAUCAUAAAGAAGAGAGUGAAACUGAAGUAUUGAUACAAGAGAUUAAACAAUUCCAGGAGUUUUUGAAAAUGGUAAAAACCGCAAUUAGGCAAAGUGAAAUGCAUUUCAAAGAAGAAAUGAGCAACAUAAAAUUGAUGAAAGCUGUAGCAAGAAAACAAAAAAGAAAACUGGAUCAAAGGUUAGAGAACACUUUGAGAGAAAGAGAUGAAUUAGAUAUUUUAAAAAUAAAAAUGCAGAGACAAACAGACGUUUUUAAGAAGAAGUUAGAGAAAAUGUCAAAAGUUAAGAGCACCAUAGAGAAAAUUAUUAUGGAGGAGACCAAAGUAAAACACAGACAGUUAGAAGACCUGAGCAAUAAGAUUGAUGCUAUUACACAAGACUUGGAAAACACGACAGAAAAGAAACACGACAGAACUGAAAUGGAUACAGAAGAGGAUAAACUGACAAAGAAGCGAACAGGGAAAGAAACAAAGGAUAAAAUCAUAACACUCAGGCUAGAUAAGGAGAAACUGGAGGAAGAUAUAAAAAUGAUACUGGACAGUUUGGAUCAGAAAACCAGAGAAACUGAACAACUGAAAAAAUUAAUAAAUGAAGUGAAACAGAAGAGAGAGAGUGAAGAGACUGAGAUACUGAAACAGAUUCAAGUGGAGAAGGAGAAUGUGAGUAGAGCAAUACAGCAAGCUGAGGCAGAAAGGCAUGAGAGUAACUGUUUAAGGGAUGAUAUUGAAAGACAGAAACAAGAGCUGGAUGACAGAGCACAAAUGAUAAAAAGAGAAACAAGAGAAAUGGACCUCCUGAAGUCAGAGCUGGAAAUAAAGAAAAAAGAAAGAGAACACAUAUUUAGAAAAAGCCUGAGAAGAAAGGAGGAAAGUGAUAUAAUGAGGAAUAAAAUACAAAGAGAAAAAUUGCUGAGGAGUGUGAUCAAAAAGGAAAAAAGACAAUUAGACCAAAGACAAGAGAAAACCAUGAGAGACUGUGAUGAAUGUGAAAUGCUGAGGAAAAGACUGCAACAAAAUGAGGAAGAGCUGGCUGAGGAGAAGCAAAGGAUCAAAGACCAGGCUACUCUUAUCCAAGUACUUAGAGAAUAUCAAAAACAAACCUUAGAAAAGAAACUGGUGAAAAAAGUCAACAUGGAGAAGGAAAUCCCAAAGGUCACUAAUACCGUUAUUGACCUUCAAAAUAUGACACAAAAUAUGCAUGUACAUUUGGAAAUAAUUAGGAGUGAUAUCGGAAGGCUGGAAAAUAUAAAUGUUCAAUUAGAAAAACAAAAAGAAUGGCUCAAAGCAUUAAAUGCUGAGAAUAGGACUGUGAGAGAUUGCAUGAGCAGAAUAAAAUCUCAGAAAAAGAUGGAUUUUGAAAGAAUUAUCAUACAAUCAAAAGCAGAAAUGGACGAACUGUUACAAAUGAAGGAUGAUAUCCAAAAACAAAAGCAGGAGCUUGAUAAUAGACUAGGGACAGUUAAAAAAGAAAAAAGAGACAUGGAAGUGCUGAUGUCUGAGUUAAUGCUCAAAAAAAGAGAACACCAACAGAUGAUCCGCAAAGGCAUUCGAAAAGAACAGGAAGUUAAACAGUUGUGGACUGAGGUUAAAGAAGAAAAAGAAGCCCUCAAGAGAGAGACACAGAAGAGGAGAAAAGAACUUGACCAGAAACUGGAGAGGAUCAUCAGAGAAAGUGAUGAACUAGAAAUCAUAAGGCUGAAACUGCAAAGAGAAAAGGAUGAGAGCAGAGGUGAAAUAAAUAUCAGAAAAGAAAGCGAGAGAGAUAUAAAGAAAGCAGAGUUAGUUCUGAAAGAGAAACAAAUUAAAGAAAAAGAGUUGCUGAAGCAAAAAACAGAAGAUUUGGAGACACAAGAAGAAAGAAUGAAACAAGAAACACUGCACUUGGAACUGAUAAGGUCUACCAUAGUGGAGCAACUGCAUAUAUUAAAACGUGACAUAGAAAUGGAAAAAGACAAGUGGGAAACCACAAAAUAUAACCUACAAAAAAAGAAAGAAUAUGCAGACUGUGUGUUUGAUAAUAUAAACACAGAGAAAAUCAUGAUUAAAAGUCUCAAACUUCAAGUUCAGACAGACAUAAAGAAACUUGACAAUACCAUUAACACGAUGACCUUAAAGGAAGAAGAACAAAAAAUCAAGGAUGAAGACAUGAAAAGACUAAAACAAAAAUUACAAAAUAUGGAAAACAAUCUACAGGCAGAAAAAGAAAAACUGGGAUUUUUGAGGGAGGAACUGAACGAACAGAAAGAAGUGGUUGAAACUGCUUUGAAGAGCAUCAGUGGAGAAAGAGAACAGCUCAUUCACAUUAAAACUGACAUUGAACAAGAG